CCACUCGCACCCCCACCCGCACCCCCCGCUGUCCCGCACGCCGCGCUCGUCCUCGUCGGAGCGCGCCACACCGCCGCCCCCUCCGCCGCCCCGCACCGACUCCCUCCGCCUCUCUGCCGAAGACAUGGUUGUGAUCGCCAACGGAGGCAUGCGGACACCCUCAGGUGCGUUAGCUCACUUCCUAGCUGCUUACACCCCGGCGGAGCUGUCCCUCGCCCGAAGUGACUAUCUCCGACCGCCGUUGUCCCCUAACAGGUCGGUCGCUUCGACCACCUACAUCCAACCUAGAUCUUCGUUAUCCCUUCGAGCGGACAGCGCCGAUAUAGACCAAGGUCGGCAGACCUUGAAACCUAAAAUGCCACAUCAGUCCUACUCCUACAGCGUGCACACCUUACGUCGUCAGCCCAGAAUGAGGAGUCCCGAAUGUGACUGCCUUCCCAUAGAUCCCAUACCCCCUCCAGAGCUAUUCGACUUCUAAGUAGGAAUCUAAUGAUCUGUGAAAUAUUUUAGGGCUUUUGGAGUGUUGUUUGGUAUCGUCGAAAAUAAAAUUAUGUUUAUGAAUUUGGACUGUUAAAGUGAAAAAGAAAAUGAUUUCGAAAUAUCUUAACAGUUCAGUAAUAAAAUCCAGUUAAUGACAAUAAAAUAAGGCUAUUAAAAUUUUGUUUAAUAAUUUCGGUACCAAAUGACAGUUAAAAAGUUCGUCCCGAAAUUAUCCUGUAUUUGCAACGUCAUAAUUAUGCCUACUACACUAUACAAGACUUUUCGCCCGGCGGCGUCGACCCAGUGGCUGAGUACAACGUCGUCUACACAGACGAUUAAAUAUUAUAAAAAUAUUGUACUAAGAUAAACGACUCCUGUACUAGUGAAAAUUAAGGGAUACGCCAUAUUAGAAUUUUUCAUCUGUCAAAAAUUUUCGGUACCAACUUUUUUGCUAUAUUUCAAUUCGUCGGUUCCUUUCUCGAUGUUUUUUAUUAAUAGGGAACUAUGAAUACUAUUUCUAUAGUUAGUAAGUGUAUCUGUUGUUUGUUACAUUUUCAUCUAAUUAAUCUUUCGUCACGUAAUGUUUACCGAAAUUAGACCGUAAUUUUAAAAUGGCGGAUCCUUGUAUCGAACUAAGCGUUAAGUCAACUUGUAAGUAAAAAAGGUUCGAUGUAUAAAAAUGUUAAGAAAUAUAAUUGUGACUUAGGAUCUUGUGUAAAGCUGAUAUAAAUGGAACAUAGUAAUAUGUUAGAAUGUGCCAAGAGUGAUCACGUGAGAAUUAUACUGGAUAUUUAAGAUGGUUUAAAAAAUAUGGUUGAACUUGGAGAUAUCAUAUCAUGACUUUUGGAAAAAUAAAUUGCGUAUCAUUUCGUAAGUAAAAUGGUCGAUUUUUGAUGAAUUUGACAGAAAGAAAAAAUGGUUAAAAUAGAAGAGGUACCUCGGUCAAUAUUUAAGUUUAGCCACUUUUAACGGCUUAACAUACCCAGUGUUACCGAUCGGAGGAAAAAUAAACGGUUUUUUUUUACAAAUUGACACCGGUUUGAAAUCGGAACCGUUUUUUUUAAAGAACAGAGUUUUCAAUUAUUAUCCCGUCUUAAAUAUUCAGUCAAUGAUAAUGUAAUUACCUCUACUAUAAGUUUAAAAUAUCGUUGUAUGGUACACUAUAAAUAAAAAUACGGGAAAUGAGUGAUUUGAAAAUUAACUUUAUAAAGAUAUACGUUAAACACGUUUCGGUAAUUUAAAACGGUACCAUAUCGUUUUUAAAAAUACCGGUUUUCUAAAUUAAACCGAAAAUCCUAAUUGAAAAAUAGUCUUUAAAAAAAUAUUAAAAAUAAAUAGCCCUUUUUUGUAUAUAAUAAUAGAGUUGUUAAGGUCUGUUCGAAAAUAAUAAAAAAAUAUAGUAAGUACCUAAAAAAGGUGAAACUUGUAGUUUUACGACAUAGACAAUUCAAAUCUAUAGUAGAGGUACAUCGUUUGAAAAGCUUGAAUAAAAACAUGUUUUAAAACCUUAGGAAAAGAGUGAAUUUACAUACAAGGAUUUUUUUUUAAUGUUUCGUAUGCUUUAUAUAAAACGAUCCAUAAAACAUAACAUCAUUACGCCUGUAUUCCUGAAGGUAAGCAAGAGGCGUAUAGCAUAUCCACUCGCGAGCUGUUUGAGUAAGAUCAAUUUUAAUGCGGAAGCGUGUUGGUUUAUUCUUUUGCUGUUUGCUAAGGUUUUAUCGUAUGUUGGAAACCGAAUGUAAGUUUAGUUAAAUCUCUAUUCGUAUUCUAAACGCUCUCAACAAUGCCCUGUAUAAAUACAUUUCAUAAUUUCACACUGUGUCAUGGAUUUUUACUUCUUUUAUAAUUGUAGAUAAGUUCGUUCCUAUAUUGUGCCCUGAACGGUUUUUAAUAUUAAUUUAAAUAAGCGUGUAAAUCUUCUUUCUUGAAAAUCAAGUGUAUAUCGUUCUGAAAUUGUAUUUAAAAGACAUUUUUAUCAAUUUCUUGAGUUCGCGGCGCAAUAUGGGAUUUCGAGGGUGUGUUUUUGACGGCUUGUAUUACAGACUGCGACUAAAGUUACAUUUAGGACACUUUUCAACUCAAAGCAAGGUUGUCUAGUCGUUAUAAAUUGUGAUCAGAGUAAAUAACGGUUAUUUAAUAUCGGUCGUUGGAAACUACUCUAGUAUUACUCGUGCUAUCGCUUACCACGGCUUGGCUACUCUAAAAUGACCCCAAAACUUUACCCGGGUGUAAACAGAGAGGUAUGUUAGAGUGGCCAAGCAACACAUUAUUGUAUGUUAGUUAAUCAUGUUGUAAUAUUGUACAAAGUGAGUUUGCGCUCAAUACAACCUAGCUUAGUGUUAAUUAUAUUUUUUUCCAAUUAUAAUGACAAAUUAUAAAUAUACAAAAACAAUGGCUGUCGUCAAAUAGCAAUGUUUGUUGUCGGCAAACCGUUGUGCUACCAUUUUGUGUCGGCUGCGCGACCUAGUCGCUAUUUUACGUUAUACAUGAAGAAUGGAUUGAGAUUUACAUCAGAAACAUAGUUUUACUAGAGUUGAUUUUAAGCAAUGAAUGAUGUUCGUUUUCGGGCAAUUUUUAACACAUAUUGUAAUAAAGAGACGGCACAUAACGGUAGCGCGACGAGCGCGGUCGCCCACUGCACUUGUCUCUUUCUAAUAUAAGGCUGAAUUAGAAAGUGUCAAACGUUCUCUUAAUGAUGUACAGGUUGAUAACACUUUCAAUCUAGCUUCAUUAUAGGGUAUACACCAUAAAAUGUUAGACGUACUUGUAAUUUGUGAUCAAAGUAUUAUGGACUUUGUAGGUAUAGCAAUAAUUCACUGUCGUGUCAAAUUUAACUUUCAACUCAUUCAGCCUUUGGUGAUUAACAAAUUUGUUUGUGAUUUGGUGUGAUGCUUUUUUUUCUGUACUGAGUGUGAUGUUCCACAUACUUAUUAGGUGAUAAAUAUAAUUAUAAAAAUAGGUAUGUACGUACAUUUGUGUAAGCUGUGAGGCGAUCGCGUCUUUUUUCUAUAAUAUACUUAAGUGUAGCGUACUUUUACAAGAAAUCACAAAUCUGACAUCCUGGGGGGCUUAAAAUUGUGAACAAAAAUGUAACCAUCGAAAAAGGAAAUCGUGGCUUUCUAAACAAAUUCGAAUUUAAAUAUACUUUUUAAAUGAAGUCAAAUAAAACAUUUUCGAAUAGAGAAACGUUGUUUUAGAAUGUCUACACUUAUUAUGGUUUUAAAAACAGAAGAGAUGUCUAAAGACCGGGUUAUCGUAAUGGUUAUUGGCACCCAGGAUACAUAAUAACAUGUAGUUAUAUAUUUAUAUAUAUGAGCUUUGUUUUACAUCAUCUAGUGUAGACGAGCCCGACGAACGGCGUUUGUGAGAUAUUCAAGUGGAAAUAAAUUUUAUUUUUAAUUCCAAAA